AUGGAACAAGUUGAACUUCCUUUAAUAUUUUGCCAACAACAUAAUGAUUAUAUGAUUGAAGGUGUUUGCUAUGAUUAUUUGAGUUAAUAAUGUAGAUUUAUGUGUAAGAGAUGUUCUAGAUAGAAUAAUAAUUCUAAUGUCUAAUAAAAGGAUUAAGAGUUUUAAAAACGAUAAUAAUAAUUUUAACAAAUAUUAAGGUAGGAAAAAGGAUAAUUGAAUCAUUAUUUAGAUUAAAAAAUUUAAUUAUUAUUGGGAGAAUUUUAAGCUGUGAUUUAAAGUCAUUUGGAGAAUAUCAAAAAAUCAUUUAGGGAUUCAUUAUAAUAGAUAGAUAAUUAUGUUUCUUAAUUAUCAAAUUUAAGUGUAGAAGAGACUAAGACAACUAUCUAAAGGUAAUAAGAAGAAAUAAAUAAAUUAAGAGAUGAAUCUAUUAAAAAGAAGUCAAAAUAAUUAAAUGAAUUAAAAAAUAAGAUUAUUGAAAUAGCUCUUAAUAUGGAGAAUAAAAUAUUUGAAGAACAUCUUUUGGGUUAAUCAUUAUAUUAAAUUCCAGAUCUUUAAACUAUUUUUAAGAAUUUUGAUACCAAUAAUUUAUUAUUGUCAUUUGAAUAAAAUUAUCAUCUAAAAUAUUAAUAUAUUACUGAAAAGGAUAUUGAACCAAUGAUGGAAUCAUAGAAAAAAGUAUUAAAAACAAUAUAGGAUAAAAAUAAAGAAAUUGAGAAAGAUUUAAAAGAUCAAUAUUAAAAAAUAGAAAGUGAAUUAUAUAAUCUAUAGAACAAUAUGCUUGCUAGGUUUAAAAAAUAUCAAAAAUGGGUAAUUGAGAAUAAUGAUCAAAUUGAAAAAAAUAUUUAAAAGGCUUAAAUCAACAAAACUGAAAUAUAAAUGAUGACUUAAAAUGAUUUUGUAAAUUUAGGAUUAGUUGAUUUAGCAAAUAAGAAAUUGAACAAUUGUUUAGAGGAAUUCAGAGAAACUUUAAGCGAGAUUUGUCAUCUUGGAUUUUAUGAUAUUAAAGUAAGCUUGAAUUAAAUUGAAACUAAUUUUAUGCUCAACCUUCUUCCAAUUAGAUUUUAGUAAGGUAUAAAACCUAUGGAAAGUAAUAUCCUUAGAUAAUACCCUGAUGCAACUCAUCUUUAAGCAAAAUUAAAUGAAAAGGGAAACGUAUUACAUUAUCAUAUAUUUAGAUAAAUGGAUAAGCUGUAAUUAAACAACCUGAUGCAAUAACUCAUAUUUAAGUAUCAAGCGAAGAAAAACAAGUAGGUAAUUCGUAUAAGAGUUACAAAAAUUAAUCUCUUUUUGAUUUUAAUUUAUUAAAUUUUUUUCCAGAUAGUUAGAAUAGGUUUGAUUAUUAACUUACAAGAAAAGAGUCAGGAGAGGAAAAAUAUGUUGAUGAUAAAACGUAAUGGUCCCUUGAAAAGGUAAAUAAUGGAAAGUAUAAAUUUAACGUUUAUGCUAAUUAAAAUAAUGAGAUUAAAUUUGAAAAUGUUGAAAUAAGAAAUAAUAAAUUUGAAUAAAACUCUAUAAUAAUAGUGAAGUAUUCUGAAUCAAAAAAUUUAUAUGAAGGUUAGAUAAAUAAUAGUUUUUAAUACUCUGGUAAAGGAAAGUUAAUCGAAAAUGGAAUUAUUAAAGAAGGGAAUUGGAAGAAUGGACAACUUGAUGGAAUAGGAAUAAUUUUGCAAAAUGGUAUUGAAAUAUAUAAUGGAAACUUUGAAAAUGGAUUGAAAUAAGGAAAUGGAAGAGAAUUUCUGAUUUCAGAUCUUUAGUAUUCUAUUUCUAUAUUUUAGUUAUGAUGGUCAAUUUGAAAAAGAUGAAAAACAUGGAGAAGGUAAAAUUGUGAAAAAGAUGGGAGAUCAAUUUAUAACAGUUGAAGAAAAAAUUAAAUGGAAAAAUGGUUAAUCCCCAAAUGAUGUUUGCAAAAUAUUUUGA